CUCUUAUUUUGAUGCGGUCUCCCGGAAGUCGGAAGUGUUAAUAGAAGCUAGCAUUUUAGCCGUUGAAGGUUUUUGGCCAUUGAAGAAGCUAACAAAUCACUGAGGCUAACAGACAUGGCUGCAGAUUGGUUGGGUAGUUUGGUGUCAAUUAACUGUGGCCCAACACUUGGAGUUUAUCAAGGAGAGGUAUCGUCCGUGGACCAGUCUAGCCAAACUAUCUCCUUAAGACAACCUUUCCAUAAUGGAAUCAAGUGCCCUGUUCCCGAGGUCACAUUCAGUGCCAUUGACAUAAAGGAACUAAAGAUUUUAAAUAUUAAAACUGGCAAUGCUAGGACCACCUCGUCUGCACCUACAAAGGUAAAUAGCACUCCACUUGCAGUCCCAAAGGAUGACCCCAGAUCUGUUGAGAAGUUAAACUCUCCCCAGCACUGCUCCAAAAGUUAUGGGGACCGACAUCUGGAUAUACCUGGCCAGCCUAAAGGAUUCCGUCGAAGGCACAACUCUUGGUCGUCAAGUAGUCGAGGGGUAAACCAAGUGACACCGAAAAAGAACGGGGUGAAGAAUGGUCAGAUGAAGCACAGAGAUGAUGAGUGUUUUGGGGAUGGUGUGGAUGAUGGUUUGGACACAGACUUUGAUUUUGAAGGAAACUUGGCUCUUUUUGACAAAGCAGCAGUUUUCUCAGAGAUCGACAUAUCAGAGCGCCGUAACGGUGCAAGGUCACGUGGGACGCCACAAGACCAGACGCCCUCACGGUACAGACACGAUGAAAACAUCCUGGAGGCUAAACCCAUUGUGUACAGGCAGAUUACUGUUCCACAGCCUGGAGCCAAAGAAUACUGCACUGAUUCUGGGCUUGUUGUACCCAGUAUAACCUAUGAACUACACAAGCGUCUGUUGUCAGUCGCAGAGCGUCAUGGUCUCUCACUGGAGCGAAGACUUGAAAUGACUGGAAUAUGUGCCAGUCAGAUGGCACUUACAUUGCUGGGUGGUCCCAACAGAUUCACUCCAAAGAAUUUACACCAGCGUCCCACGGUAGCUCUGUUGUGUGGCCCUCAUGUUCAGGGGGCUCAGGGCAUCAGCUGUGGUCGUCACUUGGCCAAUCAUGAAGUGGAGGUCAUCCUGUUUCUGCCCAAUUUUGUUAAGAUGCUUGAGUCUGUCACCAGUGAAGUCACACUGUUCAGCAAAACUGGGGGCAAACAGGUGUCAAGUAUCAAAGACCUUCCGGACACCCCAGUGGAUCUAAUCAUUAACUGCUUGGACUGCCACGAGAACACAUUCCUGAUGGAUCAGCCUUGGUACCAAGCAGCUGCAGACUGGGCUAACCAGAACCGCGCACCAGUGCUCAGCUUAGACCCUCCUGUCAGUGGGCAGGGCCAGGCAGUCGAGGCCAAGUGGUCCCUCUCUCUUUGCCUCCCGCUUCCCCUGGCUGAGGGGGCUGGCAGGGUUUACCUGUGUGACAUAGGUAUCCCUCGCCAGGUGUUCCAGGAAGUGGGAAUCAAGUACCAUUCUCCUUUUGGGUGUAAGUUUGUCAUCCCCCUGCACUCUGCGUAAUGGGACAAAUGGUUGACCCGACACAAUCUUCCACCAUCCUUCACCAUUUGGGUUUGGACACCUUGUAUUCCAGAGGUUCAGCUGUUUUUCACUUUGUUUAUAAUUCAUCAACAUGGUGUGGGACUUUUUUCUCCCACUGAAGGACCAAUUCUACAAGGACUAGUGCAAAUAGAUGGAGAAUGAAAGAGCAUCAAGUUAUUACAGAAAAAAUAAAUGCCGUAAGUAUUUUUAGAUACCAUUGUAUUUACAUGAUAUUACAAGAUCUUUGGAAGAUGGGUUGUUCAAAAAUACAGCUGAAGUCAAAGCUAAUCAGUUCUGAAAUCAAUGGGACAAUCAGUCUCUGACUUAAAGUAGAACUUUUCUAAAUGUUUUUGCAACUCAUUUUAAAUCCACGUGGUCAAAAAACAGAUCUGUGAUACAAUACAAUGUUAUUACAUUAAAUUGGAUGAUGUAAAAUCCAGCUUAAUGUCUGUGUGAUACCAUUACUAAUGGCUUCGCUCACAGCCAGACACAUGCAGCGCUUGGUGACUGUUUGAUGUGUCAUUAGUAACGAAAUUUCAUCUUAAUCAGAAAUUUUAUCUAAGCAAAUGUGGACUCUUUGUCAUUUAUAUGAGUAAUGCUGUGUUUUCAGACUAUACCACUGUUGAAUUGGGCAGCUACAGGGGAGAAGCCAGAUAGAUGUCAGCGGUUUUUGUGUCUGUGGUGAAUUAGGCUGUGAUGAUAAGAACACGAUGCCUUUAGUGAUGUUCUGGAAGAAAAGGUCUUGGCAAAAUUUAUUUUGUUUAAUAUCAUUUGGACUAUACCAGUAUCAUUGAAGGUCCCAGUUCCUUAACUACAGGUCAUGUUAAAUAUUUCUGUUGAUCAUUUUCAAUUUCUGGCUAUAUAAGGCUUUUAUAUAUUUUCUCUACAGUUUCUUGUGGUUAUUUGUUUCUAUUCAGUACUGUACCAU